AAGAAAGCCUAUAAAGCAAGGGGCGUGCAAGGCGCUCGAGGCACCCACGCUCGCUUGGUAACGGAGCCAAGGUGCCAUUUCCCUCCCUCCCUCUCUCUCUAUAUCCCUGGCUAGCUUGCUAGCUAGCUAGCCAUCCGAUUCCACUUGGCCAUUUCCCGCAUCCUGCUUCUCGAGCUCGUCAUCAUCAUCACCAACUGCUCUUCUCAGUUCAUCUCCCGCUGGUGUAGCAUUUGGAGGAGUCCGUCUCGGAGACUUUGAAUUAUUGGCUCGCCAGGAACAAGUCGUAUGGGAGAAAACUCCAUGGAAAGAGAAGCCAUGCCUCGGCUCCUGGAUCUCAUCCCAGACGAGAAAGAAUGGAGCCUGAGAGGAGGAGCACCUGGGCACGGCGGAUCGGAAAACACAGGGUUCGGGAGCGACGAGGACGAGAAGCUGGAGCUCAAGCUUGGCCUUCCAGGCCUUGUAAAAGAGGAGCCAGCGGCCAGCUCAAGGGACAACAGGGUGGUGCAUCAGGAGAGCCCGGCCCUCUCCCUUGGGUACCACCCCCAUAAACACUCCACGGCCAACCCCACGACGACCACCGGGGCCAAGAGAGGAUUCCUGGACACGGUUGAGGCCAAAGCACAAGGUCAUGAGAAGGAGCAGAAGCAGCAGGCGAGAGCAGCAGCGUGUGGGAAGGAACUGGCAGCGGAGGAAAACACAGCGGCCGCGGCCGUGGGUGAGAGGAAGAAAGGCUGCUGUCCCCCACCGCCGUCGCAUGCCCCUCCUGCUGCUGCACCUGCGCGCAACAUCGGCAACAGACCGCAGGCGCGGGGAAGAGGGGCUGCAGUUCCAGUGGUCGGUUGGCCUCCAAUCCGAUCGUUCAGGAGAAACCUUGCAAGCACUAGUGCAUCUAAACAGGUCCAUGAACCGCAAAUUGCUGAAGCCGAUGCCAAAGCGGCGCUCAACUGCAAGAAAAGCCCUCUCGUAAAAAUCAACAUGGAUGGGAUCCCCAUUGGAAGGAAAGUUGAUCUUGCAGCAUGCGACAGCUACGAGAGACUUUCAUUGGCUGUCAAAGAUCUCUUCCAUGGGUUUCUUGAAGUGCAAAGGGACACGCCUAGGGCUGAACGUGCACAGCAAGGAGCAGAUGAAAAAAUAUUUUCGCAAUUGCUGGACGGGUCCGGUGAAUAUACCCUAGUUUACGAAGACAAUGAAGGAGACAGGAUGCUGGUUGGGGAUGUCCCUUGGAAUGUGUUUGUCUCAACCGCUAAAAGGCUGAGGGUUCUGAGGAGCUCGGAGCUCUCCCAUGGCCUGGCUGGAGUUACUCUAGAGAGAGCAGCAAAUUGCUGAACUGAUGGCGGCUUUUCAACCAUUUGGAAUGUUGCUCACUGAAGCCAGAUCGUUAUCCUUUUUGUGGAUGACUAGUUUAGUACCCCUUUUUUUGCUUGUAGGGACGAAUGUAGUGAGAUAAAUUAGCAUACCGCAGAUGCAUGGAGAUAUCCUGACUAUUUUGUAAAUUAGGCUACCUUGUAUUUAACGCUAUAGUUCUUGACUCGGUGUUACAUGAAUUUGGCGUUUACAGGA